AUGGAUGACUGGGAUAGAGGCAUUCCUAUGGAGCCAACGUCGGGUGACGAUCUCCCUUCUUGGGAUCAAUACGCUCCCGACCACGAUAAUGAUAACCAUGGCAUCGCAAACAACACCGACGAGGUCAAUAUCUAUGAUUUCUUCGAUACGAAAGAUAUCGUCGAGGACGCCGACACUACGCACGACAACCUCCAGGACGACCUCGAUAACGGGUCCGGAUCACAGGAAGAUGUUUACGCGCCGACUUCCCAACCCGCUUUCACUCUGAAGGCCGACAUGACGCAUGUCGAGCGCCGCCGCUAUUCUCAGUUCCUUCUUCAUGAUAUUCGAAACGAACUUUCAGACGGAGACACCCUAGUUUUUGUUGACUUCCCGGCCCCUACGAAGCCUGCCGAUAAUGUCGACUGCUUCGUCUAUGCCUGGAACUCGGUGGAGUUUCGCAUGCACUCUGAGAAGCUCAAGGCAACCGGAUCAUCCAAGUUUGCUGAAAUGCUGAGUCCCACGUACCAAUACCGCAUUAUGCGUCGGCGAAAGCUGGUCAAUAAGCUCCCCGACGGUAUCAAGUUCGUCCUCGAUCUGACCCCACCAUCUGAGGGUGACGAUCUCGUAUUCCAGAUGACCGAAGUCUCCCUGACACCCGGUAUCAUAAACUGGUGGAUGGCGUACGACAAGUACGGCACUGACGAUUACGUUGUUUCUGGACACGAUGACAUAUGUGGUUGUUGGAAGGAUCCUCAGCCGGAAGACAGUGAUAAGGCCACUGCAACGGCAAAGCCAGGUUCCACGCCCAACGGCAUGGUCUCACGUCAGAUCACAGAGAAGACAGAUGUUGCAAUGGAACGCGCGAUCGAGACAGCAAUCGCACAGAGCCUACGAGAGACUGGUCCACAGACUGCAAAGUCCUCGGAGAGGACAUGCACAUCCACCAAAGGAGCCGCUGCUAGAUUGCUGGAGAAGAAGUCCAAGAAGGAUCUAACACCUGAGCCGGUUCCGUCAUGGCGUCGGAUUCCUGACUACUGCGCUGUCCGCCACCGCGUGAACAUCCUCCGCCUGAUGUACAUGAUUUCCGACAAGCGAGUUCUUGUUGACUCUGCCCCUCGAGUUUGGACUUUGGUGGCUGUCGCGAAGAUUCUGGAUUGCACGCAUGUCGUCCGUGACCAGGUUCUUCAAUGGCUCAUGAGCGCUAACAAUACCAUGUUCAUUGAAGUUCUUCCUGAAGAAAGCUUACAGAUUGGUGUAGCCUUACAGUCAGAGGAUGUCACCCGUUCUGCAUUCCGAAUCCUGGUCAAUGAGUUGGCCAUCGAAGAAGCUGCUGCUCCCAAUGGAGUGCCCAAGGCCGCCACUUACACAGUGUUUGGCCGCAGACGUCACGAUCCCGGCGACGAUCUCAAUAACCUCAUUCAGCAUGCUGCUCGAGCCAUGGUUGAGCGUGUCUCGCGGCCUGUAAAGCAAUUGAUGAGCGACACCAUCUUCGAUGACCUGCAAAUACCGGAGUGGAUUCGCCUGAACGAGCUCAUCGUCAUGUUCUCGAGCCUUCCCGACGAUCAGACCUGUCUAGCAGCCAAGGAGAAGGCCAUUAAAUUGGCCGAAGCCUUGAAGAAGGUUUGGAAAACCCAGGUGGUCAUCGAAGUAAUCGGCAAAUUGCUGGACGCCGACCGGCUGAACAGAAUUGACGAUCAUCGCGCGACUUACGUCGAUAUCCAGCACUUCAAUCGUUUUGAAUUGACGUAUAACUACUUCAACGACGUCCAAAAGGCACUAUGUCCUUUCAUAUACGACAAUAUUAGGGACAAGUGGGGAAAUUUGACGUGGACUUUCAACUUAUUCACGGUCGGAACGAAGAACCUGAACUUAUAUCAUUUGGCCACCGAAUUGUGGAUCGCCACGCAAAAUGUACUCACCAGUCAUCCUUCCUUCAGACGCGAUCCGGCUUGGAGGGCAGUCUUGAAUCUUGGGCCGGGGGGGGCGUUGAUGGUUUCGCAACACGCCUUCGAUACGGAGUCUUUCCAAGAAAAUCUCAAGUCGCUCCUCCACCCAUUCAGUCAGGAUUCAGUUCGCAUCGGAUUUGAAAUCCCCAUGAAUAUGACCGGUCAUCUUCUACUGACACUGACGAACAAUGAGUACAAGUUCCUCCCUCUUUGGGCCGGUGGAAACGACGACGGCACGGGCGGUGUGUUUGAGCCAUCUCUUCCCCCAGCCGAAUAUGGGCCGGCAGGGCCUGGACCGGCUUACCACACUGGAAUCUCGAUUGCAUCAGAUGCGUCGAGCACGGCUGGUUCUGUGAGCAGCGUCUUGAGAGAGCUGCGUUUGGAAGGGGGCAGUAGCGUAGGACCCGGUAGUGUGGAUGUCCAGGACGGCAUAUCCACGGUCUUCAAUCGAGGCAAGGUCAUAGCCGACGAUGUCUCAAUGCGCUCAGAGUCUUUCACUGAUGGCGGGUACGAUUUUACCGACGCAAAGUACGCCAUUCCUACAGAUGGACAAUCUAUCGCCAACGCAGUGGGUGCAGUCGUGCUCGAGGAGACUUCUGAGCAGUCGGAUGCCGACACGUUGAACUUUGAAGACGAAGAUGUCGAUGACUUGGAUGAAGUCAUGACGGAGAUUGGGCCGGAAGAGAGUCGGUCUAGGGAGGUAACCCCUGAGUACAUCGUUGCUGCAGGGUCCGCGACGGACAGUCGCGACCUGUCCGCUUUGCACAAUGACGGCACAGAGACUGUUUCUACGCCGUCGGUCAUCGCUACACUAUCUGUCUGCUCUGCGGAUGAGGGAGACGAUGAUUUAAUCAUGGUUUAG